UCAGUGUAGCGAUCAACUUCAGGAGCUCCUCGUAGAUUCCUUGUGCUGCUUACUUUCAGUCAAGUCUUUUCUUUAGCUGCUCAUCUCAUCAGAUCUCCUAAAAACUUCACACAGCCGCUGAACUUUAAUCACCUGUGGAUUGUUUUUUUUUCUAAAUAUAUUUUUUAUCUCCUGGUAAGAAAAUGUCACACAGCGGGAGCCUGGAUUUGGACAGAUACACCAGCUUGGAUAAAUCUCGUCGACCCAACAGUCGCAGCCAAGCCAGGACCCUGGCCAGGAGCGGAGACGUCCUGUGCGACUUCUGCACAACAAAGAAGCAGAAAGCUGAGAAGUCCUGCUUGGUGUGCCUGGCAUCCUACUGUGAGACUCACGUCCAGUCUCACUACAACUACCCUACCCUGAUGAAGCACAAGCUGGUCAAAGCUACGGGUCAGAUGAGAGAGAAGCUCUGCGCACAGCAUGACAAGCUGCUGGAGGCUUUCUGUCGCACUGAUGAGACAUCUGUGUGCGUUUUGUGCAUGAUGGAUGAACACAAACAUCAUGACAUCGUCCCGGCUGGCACUGAGAGGACUGAGAAACAAAAACAACUUAGUGUUACGCUGCACAAAUCCCAACAAAGGAUUGAUCAGAGGGUUAAAAAGUGGCAAGACCUCCGACAGGCUGUCGAAUCACUUAAACAUUCUGCUCAAACAGUCUUAGAGGAAAACGAGCGCAUAUUCACUGAGCUUCUGCUUUCCAUCGAGAGAAAGUAUAUUGAAGUCAAGGAAAUGAUCCGCACCCACGAAAGGACCACCGUGACCCAGGCCGAAACACUGCUGGAUCGUUUAGAAGAGGAGAUUACUCUGCUGAAGAAGAAGCACAAUGACCUGGAGUUGCUUUCACACACUGAUGAUCACAUACACUUCCUACAGAGUUGGCAGUCCCUGUCAGGCCCCUCGGGAUAUGAAGAUCUCAACAAAAUCAGAGUCGCACCCUAUUACUCCUUUGAUGCUACCAAGAGAGCCAUCUCUGCACUGAAAUUACAAGUGGAAGAAGUCAGCAAAGUUGAAAUGAGCAAAAUCUCAGGAGCAGUGAAGGAAGUCCACAUCACAGAAGAAAAUGAAGAAAGAAAGUCAAGAAGAGAAUCCGUGCUGAGGGAGGAACCAAAGAUAAUAGAAGAACCAAGAGCAAGAGAAGAUUUCUUGAGAUAUGCUGGUCAGCUGAUUCUGGAUGUCAACACUGUUCACCCCAGCCUUCACUUGUCUGAGGGUAACAGAGCUGCCACGAUGAAGAAUGAACCCAAGAACUACCCUGACCACCCUGACCGAUUUGACCACUGGCAGCAGGUGUUGUGCAGGGAUAGUGUGAUUGGGACUCGUUGCUACUGGGAGGUGGACUGGAAGGGAACAGAGAUAGAUGUGGCUGUUACCUACAGAGGAAUCCGUCGUAAAGGGAAUGCCAAUGAAUGCAGCUUUGGCUGGAAUGACAAGUCCUGGAGUCUGUACUGCUCUGACUCCAAAUUCUCUUUUGUGCACAACAACAAAAGCACAGACAUCACAGCUCCGGUGUCUUCUCGUAUUGGCGUGUACCUGGACCAUGCAGCAGGAACACUGGCAUUUUACAGUGUCUCUGAUGGCAUGCGUCUUUUGCACAAGAUCCAGACCACAUUUAAAGAGCCACUCUACCCUGCAUUCAGUGUGUGGGGCUUUGGUACGAGUAUAAGACUGUAAGAUAUUCUUCAGACUUACAUUCUCCUUAAAUCUGUGACA